CCAGCUCUCUUUCUCACAGCAAGAACAAAACAAGACCAACCAUGAGCAUGUCUCAAACUGCAACUUCCUACAGGCGUGCCUUUGGAAGCCCUCACCCGAUCUCCAUGUCCUCUUACUCCUCCGUGUCCUCCCGUAUGCCUGCUUCUGGGGGCCGCUAUGGGCGUUCAAUGUCACCUGCUGUUUCGACCCGCUCCACCACCUACCACCAACAGCGUUCUCGCCCCGUCGCCCAGCCACCUCGCCUUUCCUAUGACAAGGUGGACUUCACCCUGGCCGAAGCCAUCAACCAGGAGUUCCUGACCACCCGCAGCAACGAGAAGGCCGAGCUACAGGAGCUCAACGACCGCUUCGCCAGCUUCAUCGAGAAGGUGCGUUACCUGGAGACGCAGAACAGCUCGCUGCAGCAGGAGCUCAACCAGUUCAAGGGCCAGCAGCAGCACGGUCAGCCCAACCGUGCCUCUGAGCUCUUCCAGGAGGAGGUGAGGGACCUGCGCCGCCAACUGGACGCCACCGGAAAGGAGAGAGACCAGUACCUGCUGGAGAGGGACAACUUGGCUGAGGACCUGGCCCUGUACAAGCAGAGGUUGGAUGAAGAAGCCCAGAAGAGGGCAGAUGCUGAGAAUAACCUGGUUGCCUUCCGCAAGGAUGUGGAUGACGCCACAUUGGCCCGUCUGGAGCUGGAGAGGAAGAUCGAAUCUCUGAUGGAUGAGAUUGAAUUCCUUAAGAAGCUCCAUGAUGAAGAAAUCCAGGAUGUUCAAGUGAGCGUCCAAACCCACCAGCUGAAGAUGGAGGUGGACAGCGCCGCCAGGCCCGACCUCACUGGUGCUCUGAGGGACAUCAGGGCCCAGUAUGAGACCAUCGCUUUAAAGAACAUGCAGGAAUCUGAGGACUGGUACAAGUCCAAGUUUAAUGAUCUGACUGAGUCUGCGAAGCGCAACACUGAUGCUCUGAGGCAGGCCAAGCAGGACGCCAACGAGUCCAGGAGGCAGAUUCAGUCUCUCAACUGUGAAGUUGAUGCACUGAAGAACACGAAUGAAGCCUUGCUGAGGCAGAUGCGUGAAAUGGAGGACCAGUUUGGAAACGAGAUUGGUAACUACCAGGACAACGUAGGCCGACUGGAGGAUGAGAUCCGCCACCUGAAGGAGGAGAUGGCUCGCCACCUCCGAGAAUACCAGGACCUGCUCAAUGUCAAAAUGGCUCUGGACAUUGAGAUCGCUACUUACCGUAAACUGCUGGAGGGUGAGGAGAGCAGGAUUACUGUUCCCAUUCUCAAUCUUGGCAUGAGCAAUCACCACGGUGAUCGAGACUAUGAACACAUUCCAGACAGCCACAGCAAGAGGACUGUUGUGAUCAAGACGGUUGAGACUAGAGACGGAGAGGUGGUGAAGGAGUCCAGGAGGGAGAAGGAGAGAGAGUCGGCUCGCACCGACAAGGACGACAACGAUGAGUAGAAAACACUAGAAAAUGUGAAGGCCAGAGCCACUACUUAAAAGCGAGGGAAAAAAACAAAACAAAAACUAUAGUCCUCAUUCUUACUAGUUACUGUAUGUGUUAAAUUGUCGCAGAGAGUCUCUCAGUAUAGAUGCAAUGUCGAAUGAAUCCCUUUAGACAGUGUCACUUUGGUGCUAUUUAAGCCAUCCAACUUUUGCUAUACACUUGUGUCAUCUGUAGAGCUAAGCAAAGCCACUUUAGUAACAUACCACUUGAGGCCUUGAUUUACAGUGCAAUCCUUAGCAUAGUAUUAAACUAAAGGCUGAAAUUGCUCAAUUGUUAAACGAGGGAUUUUAGUACAGUUUGUGUCAUAGAUAUGACUUACUAACAAAAGACACUGCCCUUUUGGUCUACAUACCUUAAAAGAUAGACUGACCCAUUUACCUAUUUGCUUUUGUUUUAGACGCUUUGCUAUCCUCUUAUAGUGGAAACUAACGAAUCAAAUCAAAUACAUGGAUUAAUAAUAAACAUGUAAUACACUGGAAAUUACUCAGAAAAUAUGACCAAAAAGACUUUUGCUGAAUGUGCUUUGCAAUGCUGUGUGUAUCUGGCACGACUGAUGAAUGAAUAUGUAAGAGCAAAUAAACUUAAUUGGAGCAAA